AUGACGGCAGACUACAAGACUGUCAUCAGACAGAAGCACGCAUCCAACCUAGACAAGAUCCCAGCCGAGUGGCGCCUCAAACACAUCCCUAGCCCUGAAGAACAGCAAGAGGUCGAGCCAUACAUAGAGCCGUUCCUAUCUUCGAAAGAGCUGUGGAUUACUAAUGUUUCUGCUGUUGAGCUCCUGAAAAACAUCCAGUCCGGGCAGCUCUCUGCUUUGGAGGUCUGCGAGGCAUUCUGCCACCGAUCUGCGCUUGUUCACCAGCUCACUGAUUGUCUGAUUGAGAUCUUCUACGACAGAGCCCUGCAACGUGCUAGGGAACUAGAUGCAUAUUUCCAGAGAACCGGCAAGAUCGUGGGCCCUCUGCACGGGAUUCCCAUUUCUUUGAAAGACCAGUUCAAUCUGAAGGGCAUCACCACCUCACUAGGAUACGUGGCUCCCCACAUAUCUAAGGAAUUAGAGUGCAUAGUCUCACAGAAAAAGCCAGACGAAGAGUCGCUUCUUGCUCGCAUUCUGUACGAUGCGGGCGCAGUUUUCUAUGUCAAAACGACCGUUCCGAUGGCAAUGUUUGGCAGUGAGACAUCGUCGAACCUGGGAAUCACUAAGAACCCGUUUGACAGACGCAAGUGUCCCGGUGGCUCCAGCGGAGGGGAAGCAGCUUUGUUGGCCGGAAAAGGCUCCGUGAUUGGCAUGGGAACCGACAUCGGUGGGUCUAUUCGUGGCCCUUCUGUGCAGUGCGGCCUCUUCGGACUAAGACCGAGCUCGAACCGGUUCCCGUAUCUGGGAAUUUCCAAUUCGUAUCCAAACCAGUCUAUUGUGCCGUCCGUGGCAGGGCCGAUGUGUCGGUACUUGGAGGACAUGGAGUACGUUUCUAAAGUUGUUUUCGACGCUCAGUCAUGGUUUGAGGAUGCGAGAGUGCCUCCUAUUCCGUGGAGAAUUGUUGGUCUCGAGGCGGUAAAUGUUGGCUUCAUGCACUGGGACAGGAUCGUCAUGCCGCAUCCACCAAUUCUGCGUGCUCUGAAACAUGCCAAGGCAUCUUUGCAAGAGAGCGGUGUCGAGUGUCUUGACGUCGAGCCUCCGCUCAACCACGCCGAGAUGGCUACCUUUUUGACCGACAUCUACACCUGCGACGAUUUCGCAGAGAUCAAAAGAUUUGCUGCUCUUGGAGGUGAACCGUUGCCGGAUCUCCUUGUCAGGAUGUUCCAUCUGAACGGCCAGGUUUCCGACCUCGAGGAUGUUUUCAAGAAAGUCGGGCAAAAGUAUCAGUACCAACAAACGUACGACAAAUUUUGGAACGAUACCGCCAAGCACACCAAAAAUGGCAAACCAGUAGAUUGCAUCAUCAUGCCGGGCUGGGCCUGUACCUCGUGGAAGAAUGGAGAAAACCACAAAACUGCCAAUAGCUACACCAGAUUCCUCAAUGUCUUGGACUAUUCUGUGAUCACGCUCCCUGUUUCUCACGUGACCGACUCGGACGAGCCGUUCGAGAGGACCGACUUUGCAGGGGAGAUGGACAAACUGUGCUGGGAAUAUUACGACAAGGAGUUCUAUCGUGGCAUGCCGAUCGUGCUGCAGCUCGUUUGUCGCAGAUACGAGGAAGAGAAAUGUAUUGCGUUGGCAAAAAAGUUGCUGCCAAUAAUUAGAGAUUCAUAG